AGGUGAGCGCAGCACAGCGCAGGUAGCCAGCGCCUUUGUGUUUCUCUCUUCUAAGAAUUUAUAUGACACCGUUGUUCGUUUACGGCCAGUCACGCAAAGAUAUCCAGUUUUACAGCCAUACGCGACCAAAACGCGCUAAGCAUCAAGUGGAGAAGACUUUUUUUGGUGAUUUAUCUUACGGAUUGAACGCUUUGGAAUUUCAGGGUUUUCGUUGAGCCGAGUUUCGGUGGGCCUUGGCUUUGUAAAGACAGAAGGAUUGUUUGUUUAAAAACAGCAGAGUUGAUGGAGUUCUCUUCUUUUGCCGUGAUUUGGAUCGUUCCAGGUAUUUUGUCGGUUUCUGCGCAAAGUUGCGGUCGACCACCUGUGGCGGAGAACAGGAUUGUAGGAGGGGCGGACGCCACAGCGGGGGAAUGGCCGUGGCAGGUGGACAUACAGAAAUUAACAGAAGGGCACAUCUGUGGAGGCUCCAUAAUAGCUCAAGACUGGGUCCUAUCAGCUGCUCACUGCUUUCCAAAUCCAUCAGAUUUAAGCUCCCACAUCAUAUAUGUUGGUCGCUACCAGAUCAGUGGCUAUAACUACCACGAGUCUUCCCAUCGAAUACAUCGUGUUGUGAUUCCUGAUGGUUACACAGAGCCCCACAGUGGGAGGGAUGUGGCUCUAAUUCAGCUGUCCACCCCGGUCACCUGGUCAGAUUAUGUCCAUCCUGUGUGCCUACCUGCCUCUGAGAUGCUCUUUCCCAGUGGCAUGAUGUGCUAUGUGACUGGCUGGGGCAACAUCCGUGACAAUGUCCCUCUUCCAGGAGUAGGUACCCUGCAGGAGGUUAAAGUGCCAAUCCUUUCCCAGAGGUCUUGUCAGGAAAUGUACAACCUAAACCAAAAGGAGCAAAUCGACAUACUGUAUGACAUGAUCUGUGCGGGAUACCAGGAGGGGGGCAAGGACUCCUGCCAGGGCGACUCAGGGGGACCCUUGGUGUGCCAGAUGGGGAAUGGGACAUGGGUGCAGGCAGGCGUGGUGAGCUUCGGACUGGGCUGUGCUCAUGCUAACCAACCAGGAGUGUACUCCAGACUGACGAGCUACAGCAGUUUCAUCCGCAGCUCUGUGCCCGAGGUGCAGCUGUACGGCCGAGAUAAAACUCAGACGUUUGGACUUUUCUUAGACCGGUUAAUGAAGGUGAAAGUCCACCAAGACUUUAAUCAUUCUAGUCCACUUUUUGUUAAUCAGAGCAUGAAGCCAUAAUGAACACUAACUGUAUUAUAAUCAAUAGAUGUUUGUGAUAUAGAUUGAUGUACUCUAUAUUAAAUAAGUGAAAUUAACGAAUUGUGCAUUUUAUAAAGAAAAGACAAAUAAAAUAUGAAUUUCUAGAAGUUUUAUAAUUUUAUAUAAAAACUGGCAUUUCAUGUAUGAUUUUUGUAACUGAUAUUAUGGUAUUAAUUGAACAUGAAUUAUAUGGUUAUCAGCUUUAUGUAAUAUCUUGUCAUGCCAUAUUUCAGAGAGUCCCCAGUUAACACACAGCUGAUGAUAAAUGAUUUAUUAGGCAAGACAACUUUGCAUCUCAAAUUUAAAAAGCUAGCAAAUACAUUUCCAACGUAGACAUUCAGUCGGUCGUCUUGUGUUUUUUUGUGUGUUUUUUUUGUAAUAAUUUUGUCAACUGAAGUGCAUUUAGGAGUCAGGGGGGAUUGUGUCGGAGAGGAUCAUGGGAGAGCCCAGUUGUAGCUCCUGCUGCAGUGACUCCAGAUCAGCCGGAGUCAUGCGGUGAACCUCACUCCAAUCUGACAGGAGCGAGGCUGAGAGAGGUGCAGAGUCGAAACUGAAUCAAAGUAAAAAACAAAAUUACUCCUGUUUAUUUAAUGAAAGGUCCGGUCAGAAGCCAACACGGUACAAUUAACAUUUUUGUCCUGUGAAAUUGAUGUAAAAAUGUUUGUGUGAAGGUUGAACAUAUAAUGUAGUUUAAUGUAUAGCAAUGGUUGUAUUUCGCUUUCCAAAUAACUCAAUGAAAAAGACUGUUUUGAAAGAAACGUGGGUGUGACUAUACAACAUAACAUCAUUACUGCAACCACUGAUGAUUACCACAAUUAGGUUUAGGUUUGCUGAAUUUAUUUUAUUUUUUAUUUUUUUUCUAGCCAAAUUAUCUGUGUUUGUGUUCAUUGCCACGGACUGUUUGUAUUAAAUUAAAUUGCAGUACCUAUCUAAUAAGCAGAAAUGUGUCAAAAAAUAGAUAUAUACAUUUGUGUAUUGUGAAAGAGAGCGUUUGUGAAUAAAUAAAAAAAAAAAAAAAAAAAAAAAAAAAAA